CGUUUCCGCGCGAUGUAAAAGCCAUCUUUUCCGCAAUUCUGCGUGUUAUUCGCAAUGACAACGCUAACGCUUUAGUGCAAGCCGGGCGAUACACUAAAUUGCCACCAAGUAGCGUGUUAGCCUAUUCGCUAUCGAUAUUUGGGUUCAUACGUUCAAUCACAGAAGCAGCGCUCCAUCGUCGAACGUGUACGGAAGCAUCGUCUCGCCACUUUCUACCGCUGCGCACCGACAUGGCCAGCAGGAUCUGAAGCCAGUUCUGCGCCAUGGCUGCUACAGCACGAGAACGUGAAUGUUUCUGAGGAAUUCCCGAUGGUGCUGGCAGUGCCGGACAUUCCGUUUGCGUCAACGAUGAGGAGGCUACAGCACCAGUGAGGCGGCGUGAUGAAGGAAAAGUCGAAGAACGCGGCCCGCCACCGACGCGAGAAGGAGAACGCGGAGUUCGGCGAGCUGGGCCAGCUACUGCCGUUGCCGGCGGCCAUCACCAGCCAGCUGGACAAGGCGUCCGUCAUCAGGCUCACCAGCUCGUACCUGAAGAUGAGGGACCUGUUCCCGGACGGCCUGGGCGACAGCUGGGGAUCGUGUCCUCCGGUCAACUCCAGUCGUGAGGGAGCCAUCAAGGAACUGGGGUCGCAUCUACUUCAGACCCUUGAUGGCUUCGUGUUCGUAGUGGCGCCCGACGGCAAGAUCAUGUAUAUCUCAGAGACGGCGUCGGUGCACCUAGGACUCUCACAGGUGGAGUUGACGGGCAACAGUAUCUACGAGUACAUCCACCCGGCCGACCACGACGAGAUGACGGCCGUGCUCACGCUUCAGAGUGCACUGCCACACCCACACAGCGCCCAAGAGCUGGAAGUGGACCGGUCUUUCUUCGUGCGCAUGAAGUGCGUGCUGGCCAAGCGCAACGCUGGUCUCACGGCGGGCGGCUACAAGGUGAUCCACUGCAGCGGCUAUGUCAAGGUGCGCCACUACUCGAUGGACGCGGCGCCCUACGACGGAUGCUACCAGAACCUCGGCCUCGUCGCCGUCGGACACUCCCUGCCGCCGUCCGCCAUCACCGAGAUCAAGAUGCACGCGAACAUGUUCAUGUUCCGCGCAUCGCUCGACCUCAAGCUCAUCUUCCUCGACGCAAGAGUGGCCCCACUGACGGGAUACGAGCCUCAAGACCUCAUCGAAAAGACGCUUUACCACUACAUACACGGCUUCGACUGCCUGCAUAUACGAUAUUCGCACCACACACUGCUUCUCAAGGGCCAGGUGACCACCAAGUAUUACCGGUUUCUCUCCAAGGAGGGCGGCUGGGUGUGGAUGCAGAGCUACGCAACUAUUGUGCACAACAGCCGCUCAUCGAGGCCGCACUGCAUCGUCAGCGUCAACUACGUGCUCAGUGAGCCCCAAGCCCAGGACAUCCAACUGCAAAUACAUCAGACCAGAACGAAAACGUCACCCUGCACAAGCUACUCCAGCAGCGAAGUUGUUCCGACAUCAGUGCCGCCAUCUACCAGCAAGCCCGCACCUAGCAAGGUCAAGUCAUCCAAAGGAAAGAGCCGCAGGUCGCCCUAUUACUGCAACGUCGCCGCUGCCGAAGCGUGCUCGAACGGCGUCAGUGGUGCGGGUCCGGUCAGUCAGGCCUGUUACGAACCUGCGGCAGCUGCACCCUAUGGAGGCGAGUUCUUGUCAGCUUACGUGCUUCCUUUUACCGAAGACCGCUGGGGCGGUUCAUACGGCUUGCCCCAGGCCGACGCCACCACCAGCUGCUGUUCUCAACAGACGAGGUCCGCAUCAGCAACGACUUCAAGUUACGCAGCGAUACCCGAAGAGCGCUACAUGCCGAGGACUGACAUGGACAGCUAUCCUGGCUUCGGAGACUGCAGCGGUACCCUGGGAGUAGAUGCGAACGAAGACAAUGGUGCGAACGGGUCUUCCUCACGGUCGGGCUCCUUACUGCAGUGCGCCGACCUCUACGCGGUCAAGGACGGCGCUCUGUCGUCGUCUUCCUGUUCACGGAGUAGCGGAUCGGUCCACGACGUGGUCGCGAGCCCUGCGAGUUCUUCGCUCUUCCAGCACAGGCCUUACAGCACCCACUCGGAUUCGACGCUGUCAGAAUCGGACCUGGAAGGUAUCCAAACCUUGCCUCAGGUACCGCAGGCGCAGUCUUCUACGAGGAGGUCGCCCUGUUCCAGCAGGAGCGCGUUCGACGGGUCCCCCAUUCCAGCAAACUCGAAGUCCGAAUCCGAAGCUCCGACGCCUGUGGCACUUCCGCUAGAGGACACCGGUCACACUAGCGGCGGCGUGGCUCUGCAACCCGCGGCCAGCUACCAGAAUGCCGUGAUCGAAGGUCACGAGCCAUCGCCCAGUGAUGGACUGCUCAAGACUUCCGUCGACGCGUACGAGGCGCUAGAGCCUCCGGUGGACGUGUUCGCUAUGUAUGGUCAGAGACUCGUGGGUGGAGACUAUGACAGCGCUGCGCGCUUUUUGCUGCCUUCGUGUGAACGUGGACAGGUUGCGCACAUGUCCUACAGGCACGAUGCGCCCGCGCCGUCUGCAACGUCGUUUGCCGCUGCUUCGAACAGACAAGCGCCGGGAUACACCAGUGUCAUCGUGGACGCCCAGCAGUACCAUGUGUCGAACGGAUUUGUGCACUAAGAACUUGAAAGCAUGUACGGGUUCGCGAGGGAGCGCUACGAGUGUAAUUUCUUUGUACAGAUGUACAGGAUGUGUGUUCACAAGGAAGUUGAGAAUCUCAGUAUAUAUGCCAAGGAUAGCGCGUGGUUACAGCUCGUCUUUAAUUGAGCGCAGGAACAAGCGAGGCUAUGACUAUAUGAUGUGUACGUUUCCGCCGAACAUUAAUGAAGCGCCAUGUGGGCCCUGUCAUUCGAAGUUCACGGAGUAAGGUACACUGUAA